AUGUCAGAAGAUUCAAUAGACUUCCAUAGACGUCAUUCCGUGGAAGAAAAAGUCGACCAUCUCUUCCACAACCUCGGCCAUGCCGCCUUCGACGAAGAAAACAAUGGACUCCUCCUAGUCACCAACCCGGAAUUUUCCACUCCAUCCUCACCCAUCAACCAUUCCCAACCAGUAUCAUCAUCUCCAUACCGAUCAGAAAAACAAUCCCAAUCCCAACCCGUUGCACGUCCCCAAUCAGAUCGACUCCUCCCAAUGGAUCGAAAACCAUUCAUUAUCCUAGUCAUACUAUACAUCCUCCAAGGUGUGCCCGUAGGGCUCGCAUUCGGUUCCAUUCCAUUCAUACUUAAAUCAAAACUCACCUAUUCCCAAGUCGGACUAUUUUCAUUCGCGACCUAUCCAUACUCCCUAAAAUUAUUAUGGUCCCCGUUUGUAGAUUCAAUCUACAACAAACGAAUCGGACGAAGAAAGUCAUGGAUAAUUCCGAUUCAAUUCAUCUCAGGGAUGACGAUGUUGUAUUUGAGUAAAAAUAUUGAUGAAUUGGUUUCCGGAGACAAUCCGGCCGGGAAUUUAGGAUUGAUUACGAUGAGUUUUUUUAUGUUGAUUUUUUUCUGUGCUACCCAAGAUAUAGCCGUUGAUGGCUGGGCUUUGACAUGUUUAUCAAAGGGGAGUUUGAGUUUUGCAUCGACGGCUCAGACGAUUGGGAUAAAUACCGGGUAUUUUUCUCUGUUUACGGUUUUUUUAGCUUUGAGUUCUCCCGAUUUCGCUAAUCGGUAUUUAAGAACCCAGCCACUUGAUGUGGGAUUGUUUAGUUUGGGGUCAUAUUUGAGAUUUUGGGGUUGGAUGUAUUUGAUAGUCACGGUUAUAUUGAUCCUUUGGGUGCCGGAAGAUCCACCUCAUUUAUACACCCAACUCGCCAAAGAAAAAUCCCAUGACUUAUACAACCCCAGCUACAAAACCAAAUCCGACCUUACUCCAGACACACUGUCCCCCACCACGAAAUGGAAAGAAUUACUCGGGGUAUAUGAAUCAAUGUAUCAAGUCCUCAAACUCCCCAACGUCCAAACCUUCAUCAUCAUCCUCCUAAUCUCCAAACUCGGCUUCCAAGUCAAUGAAGCCGCCACCAACUUAAAACUCUUGGAAAAGGGUUUAUCCAAAGAAGACCUCUCCAUUACCGUGCUAAUCGACUUCCCAUUUGAAUUGAUCUUCGGCUAUUACGCCGCCCGAUGGUCGAACGGAAAAUCCCCCCUCAAACCAUGGAUAUGGGGCUACAUUGGCCGUCUAAUCGCCGCCGGACUCGCCCAGCUUGUGGUGUAUUUCUUCCCGGAGGAUGGAAAGAUAGGCAGGGGAUAUUUCGUAAUGAUCAUCUUACAGCAUUUAUUAGGGUCUUUUAUGUCCACGAUCCAAUUUGUUUCAUUGUGUGCGUUUCAUACCAAGAUUGCUGAUCCGAGUAUUGGAGGAACAUAUAUGACUACCUUGAAUACUUUGUCGAAUUAUGGUGGGACUUGGCCGAGGAUAUUUAUAUUUUACUUGAUUGAUCAAAUUACCCAAUGGGAAUGUGUGACCCCAAAUGGGGCGAGGUUUCCGGUGGGGAAUAGUGAUGCAGAGAGACAGAGGUGUUGGAAUUAUGAUAAUGGAGGAGGGGUGUUGCUGAUUGUUAGAGAUGGAUAUUUUUAUACGAAUGCGUUAUGUAUUGUCAUGGGGAUAUUGAUCUUGAUAUGGGUGAAGAAGAAGGCGUUUUAUUUACAAUCAUUGCCUAAUUCCGCUUGGAGAGUUAAACGUGAAUAG